GCCAUUGGGAUUUCCCUUCUUCAAAAGUUGUGGCUUGGCGUUGUUGUCAGGCCGGUGGAAAGGAUACUGGGGGCUUGGGACAUUGGCACACGAAUCAACUGUACUUGUCAUUCAUUAAAUUCUACAACAUGCUAAAACAAUUUACGUUUUUAGGAAUCCUAUGGAUUGUCUUAUGGUCUGCUUGCAUCUCAGCUGCAGCAGCUAGUGAUGAGACACCUGAAGCUGUUAGUGUGGAAGAAAGCAUUGGAAAAUCACAAGAUGGUUCAAGAACAGAUGAUGAAGUGGUUAAAAGAGAGGAGGAAGCAAUUAAGCUUGAUGGUUUAAAUGUUGCUCAAAUGAAAGAACUACGAGAUAAAGCAGAAAAAUAUGCAUUCCAGGCUGAAGUAAAUCGAAUGAUGAAGCUUAUUGUUAACUCUUUAUAUAAAAAUAAGGAGAUCUUCCUUCGAGAACUUAUCUCUAAUGCUUCUGAUGCAUUGGAUAAAAUAAGAUUCCUGGCUGUUACUGAUCAGAAUGCACUUGCAGCCACUGAAGAACUGAGCAUAAAGAUAAAGGCUGAUAAAGAAAAUCACAUACUUCAUAUAACAGACACUGGCAUUGGAAUGACUAAAAGUGAUUUAGUCAACAAUUUAGGAACUAUUGCCAAAUCUGGUACUAGUGAAUUUCUGAAGAAACUAGAUUCAUCUGGAAGUACAGAAAUGAGUGAUUUGAUUGGUCAAUUUGGUGUUGGUUUCUAUUCAACUUUCCUUGUUGCCGACAAAGUAAUGGUUACUUCCAAGCAUAAUGACGAUGACCAAUAUAUUUGGGAAUCUGAUUCAGACUCUUUCCAAGUAUUAAAAGAUCCACGUGGCACUACUCUUGCUCGAGGAACUACUAUUAGCUUGCAUCUGAAAGAGGAAGCUCAUGAUUAUCUUGAAGAAAAUACAUUGAAAGACCUAAUUAAGAAAUACAGCCAGUUUAUCAAUUUCAACAUUUACCUUUGGACCAGCAAGACAGAGAAAGUUGAAGAACCAGUUGAAGAUGAAGAAGAGAAGCCAGCUGAAGAAAAAGAGGAAGAUGAAGAAGAGGAGGGUAAAGUUGAAGAAGAAAAGGAUGAAAAACCAAAAACAAAAACUGUUGAAAAAACUACAUGGGACUGGGAAUUACUAAAUAGUGUAAAACCCAUCUGGACUAGAAAACCCAAUGAAAUAACUGAUGAUGAAUAUAAUGCCUUUUACAAGUCUAUUAGCUCUGAUUUCACUCCACCCAUGGCUAAAAUUCAUUUCACUGCAGAAGGUGAAGUCACAUUUAAAUCCAUCUUAUAUGUGCCCAAAGUUUCUCCCAGUGAUACUUUCAACAAUUAUGGAAAGAAAGCUGACCGUAUUAAGAUGUAUGUUCGUAGAGUUUUCAUUACUGAUGAUUUUGAAGAUAUGAUGCCAAAAUAUUUAAACUUUGUCUCAGGAGUGGUUGACUCAGAUGAUCUCCCAUUGAAUGUAUCACGAGAAACUUUGCAACAGCAUAAACUUCUUAAAGUCAUUAAAAAAAAACUUGUUCGUAAGACAUUAGACAUGAUUAAGAAAAUUGACAAAGAGGAAUUUGCAAGCUUCUGGAAAGAAUACAGCACAAACAUCAAACUUGGAGUGAUUGAAGAUCCAUCUAACAGGACAAGACUUGCUAAACUUCUACGAUUUUAUUCUUCCAAUUCUGAAACUGAACAAACAAGUUUAGCUGAAUAUGUGGAAAGAAUGAAAGAAAAACAAGCAGCUAUUUAUUUUGUGGCUGGAGCAUCACAGAAGGAGGUGAAAAAUUCACCUUUUGUGGAACGACUGCUUAAGAAAGGUUAUGAAGUACUCUAUCUAAUAGAGCCUGUUGAUGAAUACUGCAUUCAAGCUUUGCCAGAAUUUGAAGGCAAAAAAUUCCAAAACGUUGCCAAAGAAGGUUUAUCUCUUUCUGAUUCUGAAAAUGCUAAGGAAAAGAAAGAAAGUUUAGAAAAAGAAUAUGAACCCCUACUGAAAUGGUUGAAAGAUGAUGCAUUGAGCAAUCAGAUUGAAAAAGCUACAGUUUCUGAAAGAUUGUCUUCCUCCCCGUGUGCCUUGAUUGCUAGUCAAUAUGGUUGGUCUGGCAACAUGGAAAGAAUUAUGAGAGCCCAAGCCUAUGCCAAAGCUAAAGAUUCAUCACAGGACUAUUUUGCUAACCAGAAAAGAACACUUGAAAUAAAUCCCAGACAUAAGCUUAUCAAAAUGUUGAAAGAAAAAAUAGAGAGUAAUAAAGAUGAUCCAACAGCCAAAGAUUUAGCUGUCAUACUUUUUGAAACAGCUACUAUGAGAUCAGGUUAUUUAGUUCCUGAUACUGCUGGUUUUGCUGGUAGAGUAGAGAGAAUGCUUCGAUUGAGUUUGAAUAUUGAAGGUGAAGAUAUGGUUGAGGAAGAACCUGAAGAACAAGAGGAACAAGUAGAACAGGAAGAAAAGGUUGAUGCUGAUGCAAGUGAAACAGAUGAAAAGGAAGAAAAAGUAUCCCAUCAUUCAGAUGAAUUAUAACCUCAUUGAAGAGGAAUUAUUCUGUUCACACUAACAAAGUUGGCAGCUGUUGUUCCUGACAAGUGUGAAAUUUCCUAUUACCACCAAGUACCACCUAUCAACUACCUUGGAGAAUUCACUAAUACUUCAUCAAAUCAAAUAUUGCUGUCAAAUAUCAUUUCAUUUUUUGAGAGGACUUUUCUCCGUUUGUUUCUGUAUUUUUUUCAUGUGAAACUGUUAUGCCUGAAGUGAAUUGAAAGUGUACACAUCAUUCUUUGUGAAUAAAUCUUUCUACUUAUUCUU